AUGAAGAAACCUCCUGAGCACUACUAUGGUUUUAAGAGGCAACUACCUUUUAGCAAAGUGACACUGCAGGCACAAAACCGUCAACACAUGCGAAUGCCAAAUUCCGGCUUGGAUUUAGCUCGUACUGUACCGGUCAAACUUUAUUCAAAUACCAGUGAGUCAUCUUCACUUGAAUCCUCGAUGCCAUACCACUACCCUAGCUCCAGUGAAUAA